AUGAAAAAAGAAAUUUUUGGGGAUGGGUGCCACAACCCGGCAGUACGACGCCACAACCUGGCCAGUACGACGCCACAACCUGGCUUCGACGCCCCAACUGGCCAGUACGCGCCCAACCUGGCCCCGUACGACGCCCCAACCCGGCCAGAAAUAAAGACAAAGAAGAAGCCUUCAAGAGUGGUUAAAGCUCAGCUGGAGACCUCCAGGCGCAAUUCUGAGCUGAAAGCCGCCAGGCGUAAGGCCGAGCUGGAGGCCGCAAGGCGUAAGGCCGAGCUGGAGGCCGCCAGGCGUGAAGCUGAGUUGGAGACUGCCAAGCGUGAGGCCGAGCUGGAGGCCGCCAGGCGUGAAGCUGAGUUGGAGACUGCCAGGCGUGAGGCCGAGCUGGAGGCCGCCAGGCGUAAGGCCGAGCUGGAGGCCGCCAGGCGUAAGGCCGAGCUGGAGGCCGCCAGGCGUGAAGCUGAGUUGGAGACUGCAAGGCGUGAAGCCGAGUUGGAGGCGCCAAGCGUAAGACAGAGUGGAAGCCGCCAGGCGUAA